UGUUUCUAUAUGCUCGUCAAUAUUCUUGGCUUGCUCUACAUCGGCUCUCAUCUUUACAUAUUCGAUUUUCGUGAAUGCAAGAGAAAAAAAAGUUGUUUUCCAUUUUUUAUUCACAAGUAAAAUAACAAAGUCGCGAAGUUUUUUUCCAUCGACAAUUUUAAAAAGAAAACACAAACUAAAUUUUAACUCCCAAUUUUUAAUAAAGUGAAAAUAAGUUACUUGUUCGCUGAAAAAAAAAUGCAAAAGUUGCCGUGUUAAAGUAAAAGAGUGCGGAUCUCUUCGUAUUUCGCAACAAUAUUCUCAGGAUUCACAGCUGAGAAUAACAGAGAUGUCCCGCGAUUACGAGAGUCGUCGAAGAGGUGGCAAUGGCAGUGGAUCGAGUAAGAUGAGAAUGGACACAAAUUCAUCGCAAUCGAGACCCCACGGUGAAUCGUCCAGUAAACGCAAAGAGAUUGACAACCUUAUGAGAAAAGCACGCGAAUCACAGUCCAGUUAUUGGAACAAGAAACUCCUCGAGGUUGAGGAACGUGAUCCAAAUAGAUGGCGUCACAGUGGCUACAAGGAAUUGUACGUGGGCGGUGGUGGUGUUGAACAAGGUGGCAGAGGACAUCCACGCAGUCCACGUAGUCCAAGACCAAGAACACCGCCACGUUCGCCACGUCCUCGUUCACCACGUCCAAGGAGUCCACGGCCACGUUCACCACGCUCGCCACGUGAUCGUUCGCACACGCGGGGACGAGCAGCCCGUAGUCCCAGUUCGGGUAGCACAUGUUCCGAUGGCUCGUGCUCGGUUUGUUCACCACGUGAACGUCGUCGUCAAGUGCCCGCCUCAAGAUCGCGCUCGAGGUCAAUGACACCGCCGGUACGUUCAUCACGAGCCCCGAACAAGGAGGUUGUGCCAUCGGGUUCGAGGGCGCCACCUCAACGUCAAAGACCACGUUCACCGCCUCAGCCGAGGCCACGAACGCCGCCCAUGGCGCCGCAACCUCAGCGUCAUCAAAAGGAGUACAAUAAACUCAAGGAAAUGAAGAAGCGCAAGGAGAAACCCGUUUCUCGCGUUCCUGAGGAUCCGCGAAUUCCCGAUGGAAUGCCUAUGAUGCAUAAACGCAUAAAAGUGGAGAAGCAUACGGGUCAUGGUGACUCGCCCCCAAUAAUUCAUCAUCCACGCGAAUCAUCACCCAGUGAAGACAGUGAUAGUUCAUCGAAUGCCUCACACGUUGGACCACCAAAAAUGACACUCUCCGAAAGAUUCGGAAAAAUGGCCCAAUGGAGUGUGGAUCGAAGAGACAUGGAGAAUAUGCGAAUAACAAAAGACGGUGAGAAUGCGAUGAAGGUGGUGAUUGAGGGCGAGGAGAGAAUCGCCCGUUUAGGUUACGAUUCACCACCGCCCGGUCACUAUCCCGAAUCGCUUCUCACACAGGGACCGCGGGGUCUUGAGUGCUGGGACGAUGUUCGCGUACGUUACGAUUAUUAUAAAGCGCGAGGUUAUCUUCGCGACUUGAGUCUAGACGAUUACGUCAAAUGGGAAGAAUGGUGGUAUAAAUAUCAAGAAUGGUUGGAGGCCGAACGCUACUAUGAACAGUGGGCGACAAGUCGAGCCACUGGCGGUGGCGGUGGACGUAAAAGGCGCGGACGAAGAAAUAACGCUAAUCAUUAAAGAAAAAAAAAUUCAUAUAUAUAUAUAAAUUAAAUAAAUAUGUAAAUAUAUAAAUAUAUCCAUAAUUAUAUAAAUAUAUUUAUAAUUAUAUGAAUAUAUAUUUAAUAAUAAAUAUUUAAUAAAUAUAUAAAAAGUAUUUAAUAAAUAUAUAUUUAAUAAUAAAUAUUUAAUAAAUAUAUAAUUAUCAAUUCAUAUAAAUAUAUAUUUACAUAUCUACACAACCCAUUUAAUUGCCUAAAAAUUGUACUCCACACAAUUAAAAUUUUUCACUAGAUACUUUUUUUCUUCUAAUGACCAAAACUAAAAAUCUUUUUCUCCUUUUUAUUAACGAAUAUUUUAAAAGGAAAAACAAAUAUCUAGUGAUCGAGAGUUGCGCUCUACUUUCUUUUUUUGAAAUUUGUUUUGAAUUUUUUUUUUUAAAUUUAUGGAGCGGAACACUUGAGAAAAAAAAUAUUGUAAAUUUAACAAUUGUGUUAAGUUCAAGUUAAUAUAAAAUUUAUGUACACGAGUGGUACAUAUAUAUAUAUAUAUAUAAAUAUGAAAAUGGGAAAAUUAAUAGCAAAAAAAAAUGAUGAGAGUGAAUCUUUUUUCCAUAAAAUGGUUAUUUGAGAGUUGUCGUUAAUUAUUUAGAAUAAUCGAUAGAAUGAUAGACGCUUUAAAAUAAUUUCCAAAGCGUGACAAAGAAUGCAAUUUUUUUUAAAUGUGAUUAAAUAAGGCACGAGUUACACUCUCACUGUACGAUUUUUUUUAUCUUCUUUUUUUUUUCUUUAAAAAAAUUCUUUUUAAGUUUUUCUUUUUUUUACAUAGACUUAUUAGUUUAUACUCUUGAAUGAUACUUCCCUCAACUUUUUCUGUUGAGAGUUGUUGUGACAAAUGUGAAAUAUAAUGUACAUGACAAAUAAUAA